CGACGGACUCGACAAACCCCUGGAAAAUGACGCGGAAGGUGUGUGGAGCCCCGACAUUGAGCAGAGCUUCCAGGAGGCGCUGGCCAUCUACCCUCCUUGCGGCCGCAGGAAGAUCAUCCUCUCCGAUGAGGGCAAGAUGUACGGACGGAAUGAGUUGAUUGCACGCUAUAUCAAACUCCGCACGGGGAAGACACGGACCAGGAAGCAGGUGUCCAGUCACAUCCAGGUCCUAGCCAGGCGUAAGGCCAGAGAGAUCCAGGUGAAGCUGAAGGGAUUCACCGAUGAUGCAAGCUGGCCUCAGCCCUUCACUUCCCCUUUUAGGGCUCAGCGAGUUUCACUGGACCAGGUGGCCAAAGACAAGGCCCUGCAGAGUAUGGCCAACAUGUCCUCUGCCCAGAUCAUCUCGCCCACAGCCUUCCAGAACAAGAUGGCUCUCCAGGGCCUGGCUAGGCCGGCAUAUCCCACCACUGGUGGGUUUUGGCACGGGCCACUUCCAGGACAGCCAGGAGGCCACGAAGACAUUAAGCCCUUCUCCCAGCAGAGUUACGCCAUGCAAGCGUCCGGCCCGGCCCCCAUAACAGGUUACGAAAGCACAGCAGGGCUGUCCAUGUCUCCCAGUGCCCCUCCUUGGCAGGGCAGAAGUAUUGCCAGCUCCAAGCUGCGAAUGCUGGAGUUCUCUGCCUUCCUGGAACAACCUCAGGACCCUGAGACUUUCAACAAGCACCUGUUCGUGCAUAUUGGCCAGUCCAACCCGAGCUACAGCGACCCUUAUCUGGAGUCGGUGGACGUCAGGCAGAUCUACGACAAGUUUCCGGAGAAGAAGGGCGGCCUGAAGGAGCUGUUUGACAAAGGGCCACACAACGCGUUCUUUCUCGUCAAGUUCUGGGCGGAUCUUAGUUUAAACCUGCAGGACGACAGCAGCUUCUUCUAUGGUGUUUCCAGCCAGUACGAGAGCUCUGAGAACAUGGUCAUCACCUCGUCCACCAAGGUCUGCUCCUUCGGCAAGCAGGUGGUGGAGAAAGUGGAGACGGAGUACGCACGUUUUGAGAAUGGGCGCUACAUGUUCCGGAUCCACCGCUCCCCGUUAUGCGAAUACAUGAUCAACUUCAUUCACAAACUCAAACACCUGCCGGAGAAGUACAUGAUGAACAGCGUGCUGGAGAACUUCACCAUCCUACAGGUGGUGACCAACAGAGACACACUGGAGACCCUGCUGUGCAUAGCCUACGUCUUCGAGGUGUCCACUAGUGAGCACGGCGCGCAGCACCAUAUCUACAGGCUGGUGAAAGACUGACACAGUCGCACAGUCGGACCUUACCUGCCAUACACCCACCUGUGGCACCUCAGUGAGCCACAACACUAGACAAUGGACUACUUCUAGCUCAUAGAGCUGAAACCCUACAACUCGGUCAGGAGCCCAGAUAGGGGAAAAAACGCUGGCUUGGUCGAGCGUGCCCGGCAACACGACUACUCGCUGAGGGAGAGGUGGCAAUCCAGAGACUGUGGAAGCUGAAAGGGGCUUUUUUUGUGUGUGAAAAGGAAGGAGGACCAUUGACACACUGUGGUCUCUAUACCAAAGGAGCCGGAACCUGGCCAACAAGACCUGCAUGAGAGAGUUGUCAUUGGUGGUGUUUUCAUCUCAUUUUAUUAGUGCUUGUUUUUUUUGAUUUAGAUUUCUUUUACACACGUGCAGGAGACGUCUGGCUGCCUCAGGAUGCCACCUAGUGGCGUAAAUAUGAAUAACAACGGGGGAAAGUAACGGAAAUUAGACUGAGAAUCCCUCCUUUGCACAUCCAUGAAAUAUCACUGUUGUUUUUUUGUGCCAAUCGUUUGUGUUAUUUGAGUAAUUGUGUACAGUGCCACAUCCACCUCCUCUAAACAGAGUUACGAAAAGAAGAGGCUAAAAACAUUUAAAGAGAGCUAUUGUAUUCACUUUGUUUGAUGUUUAAUGUUACGUGUUUCUUGUUCCGUCUCACUGUUUUUUGGAUUGACAACUAUCUGACUGUGACAAAAGGCACAUAAUAACACUGCUAACUUGAACCAGAUUCGGAUCUGUAAACUGAUAGUUAACAGAAGGUUGUCUGUAACCAUAACUUGCCCUGAAGUGUCAGAUUGAAAAUACAAGUGUUUCUUACAGAA